AACCAUUAACUUUUGAAAAAGCAGAUUGGUUAACAAUUCCUACAAAUACUUGUUUGGUGAUCACUCCUAAAUUGAAUGUAUUAUUAUUCCCUAUAAAAGAUCAAUACUAUAAUGUUGAACGAUCCAAAAGACAAAUUCAUAUUAUUACAACUUCCCCAACUAAUGGUCAUAUUAAUGAUCAUACAUCUAUUAAUGACCAUAUUAACUGUUACUAA